AUGAUGGACCUAUACUGGUGGUUCUGCAAGAUGGAUGUCUACCAGAGUACGCUUGGGGCUUCAAAGCUGUUUAUGGAACUUGACCUGUGGACGCAGUGUCCCCCUCGCGCACCGAUAAACAGGAUCAAUCAAGUAUAUGGGACAUUCGAUCAUCUCCUUCUCGUUCUAGGCCGACUAUGCAACUUUGUCGCCAAUGAUCUGCCACGCAAACGGAAGGCUAGGGAGCAAGAGACCGGCGCAAGCCCAAGAAGCCAAACUCCCCGCCACUUUUUGCUGGAGCCAUUCCUCUCGCCUGAGCAGAUCCACGAUGCCGUCGACCUGGAGACCAGCACACAGAAGGCCCUCGAGGAGUGGAACGACAUAAUGCAAGCGUUCCAGCUGUUCAAGAGCAGCCUCGGGCCCGACUUCGACCCCCUGAGCGACGACGCCCACCCGCCCGCGGACUCGCCCUUUGGCCCCGGUUUGGACGUACCCAUGCCGCCGUUCGCGAUGGUGGCGGCGCACAUGAUUGCCAAGGAGACAGACCCCUAUGCCAACGAGAUCGGGCGGAUCGCGGCGGGCGUGGCGGGGAACCUUACCAUGGAGAGCGUGAUCAGCGCACCGCAGUCAUCGGCUCUGAUUGAGUGUUGCUUCCCCAUCUUCGUUGGCGCCGUUCAGACGGGAGACCAGAUCGCCAGCGGCUGCGAGGGGGCCUGGCGCAAGGCCGCGGCCAUGGGCGUCGCGCCCGUGUACGAGCCUGAGUCUGAGUCCGACGCCCUGCGGCAGGGCUGGACGACUCGCAGGCUUGACGAACGGAUCCAGGAGGUGGACGAAGGGCAUAACAGGCCGGUCCUCCAGAGGUCGGACCGGGCGCACGUUGCGUUUGGGCUGCUCAGUGUUGAGGACGAUAUGGAGAGGCUGACGUUAGAGGACUGA